AUGACGCGGCAGAAGACACAGCCACCUUCUGCUGCUGCUCCCGAGCAGCAGCAGCAAAAGCAGCAGCAGCGUACACCCCAAAAGCCGGUUGUGGAGGAUGCGGCGACUACUGUCUUGCUGCAGCAGCAACAGCAGCAGGAACAGCUGUUGCUACAGCCAGGAGCGUUCGACUCUGCAGAGGCUCUGUGGCCCUCCCCGCAGCAGCAGCACCACCAACAGCAUCUGCAACAAGGACAGCAGCAGCAGCAUCUGCUGCUGCUGCAGUUGCGGAGACGCCGCAGCAACUGUCUCUCCAGAUCAGCUGAGACUUCAGCAGCAAGGAGAGCAGCAUCGGCAGCAACUUACAGGAGGAGACUGAUGCUGCCGUCUCUUCCACUCUGCACUGCAGCAGCAGCAGAGGGCCCCCCACAAGGAGGUUCGCUGCUGCGGCAAGCAUCCGCCAGCAACAGUAUGAGCAGCAGCAGCAGCAGCAGCAGCACCAAAGGCAGCAUCAACCACAGAAGCCGAAGCAGCAGCAAGGCCAACAUACAUAGAACCAGGAUGGAUACUAAGGGGACAAGCACUGCGCCUGCAUCAAUAGCUCCUGCCGCAGCACCAGCAGCAGCAGCAGCAGCAGCACAGGCUUCCGGCUCUGUUGCGUUUAGCAGCCAUUGUGGAGAGUUGGAGGACUUCGUGGGGCCGGACGAUCAACCGAAGCAGCAAGUGAAGCUGCAGCAGCAAGAGAAGCAGGAGCUGCUGCAGCGCAGAUUGACUUCGCUGGGUAAGCCCCUGCCGGUCUCCUCCCAGGUGUCUAUUCAGAGGCGUUUGCUGCAGCGCCUACAGACAAUUGAGCAGCAGCAGCAACAGCAGCAGCUACUGCUGCACCGAAGACGAGCCCGGAGUGUCUCCUCUGCAGCGUCGUUCAGAAGGGGAGGUAGGCGGGAGCGGCUGCUGUUGUUUGGUAUGCCUUCUUUUGCUGCAGCAGCGCAGCAGCAGCAGCAGCGGAGGAAGCAGCGACAGAGGCAGCAGCAGCAGGGGCCGCAACGACCGCUGUCUUUCACCGAGGAGCUGCUGCUGCGAAGGCGGCUGUGGGAAGCAACCAAUGGUGCUGCAGCAGCAGCGCAGCUUGGGGAGAGAGGUGGGCCUCUGCAGCAGCAGCAACAGCAACAGCAGCAGCAGCAGCACAAGGGCAACCAAGAUGUGUUCAAGCCUCAGCAGCUAAGGCAAGCCAUCGAGGCAUCUGCUGCGCACUCUCCCCAGACGAGGAAGCAGCUGUUGCUGCUGCGGCAGCUGCAGCAGCACAAGGCCAAACUGGAGCUGCUGAGGAGACAGCAGCAAGCUAACCGCUGGAGGCGGGCUCUGAAGAGGUUGCGGCGGCUGCGUCGCUGCAGCUGCGGCAGCAGCAGUUGCUGCUGCGGCAGCAACGAGCUGCUAGGAAAGAGGCCACCCAAGUGUCUCCUGAGAGACACACCUGUGGGGCCCCACAUCCCUAUAGAGGGAGAAAUUUGGCUGUGGCGGCUGCACUGGGAGCUGCUGCAGGAGAUUCGGCAGCUGCAGCAGCAGCGGCAGCAGCAGCAGAUCUGCCGCAGUAGCAGCCGCAGCGGUAUCUCCGUUGGAAACCUGCUGCUGCUGCUGAAGCACCGCAAGAUACGUAAGCACGGACAGCAACAGCGGCUGCUGCUGCAGCUGCUGUUGCGGCGGAAGCGUAGGCUGGGCCUUCGAGCAGCGCGAAGGCAGCAGACGACUUGGGGGCGCAGCAGGGAAGGAGGUGUCUGUACACCUGAGAAGGAGAGAGAGAGGACCCCGUUCAAUUCUGCUGCUUUGUGGAGGGGGCAGAUGACUGAGGCGUUUGAUCUCUUUUCCGACACGGGCAGCAGUUCAGGAGAAGACAGAGGGAGAAAGAGCCAGCAGCAGCAGCAGCAGCAGCAGCAGCAGCAGCAGCAGCAGCACUGGAAGCGGUACCUGAGAAAAUACCACUCCAGCGCCGCUGUUACGUCUACUGCAUCAGAGCCAACUGCAGCAGCAGCAGCAGCAGGAACAGCAUCUGCAGCAGAAGCAGCAGCGCCAGCCGCAUCAGCAGAUGGGAAGGGGCGCAUGCAUCUUGGCAGCAGCUUGAGGCGGGUCUGCAGCGAGUUGCUGCUGCAGUCGAGGGGACAGCCUGGCUCCUCUGAGGCCAGCAGAUACGCAGGAGGAGCGGCAGGAGACACUUUACCGUUUGCUGCUGCUAAGGCAGACCCUCAGCAUCGCAAGCCGCUGCUAAAAAAGUUCUCCUUCCGUAGCGGCAAAUACCCACACAAGCAGCAGCAGCAGCAGCAGAUGCUGAAGCAGCUGCUGCUAGAGGAGCGACACCUCGCCUUGCAGAGUCCCGGCUCUGUCUCUGACGGGGCCCUGCUCUCUUGGAGGGCUGCUCAGCUAUCUCAGGAGAUUCUUGCUAGACAGCAGCAGCAGCAACAACAACAGCAGCAGCAGCAACAACAACAGGAGCAGCGCGAGCGACAAGAACAGGAAGGAAAGAAGGGCUCUGAGCACGAAGUGCCACGGGGAAGCAGAGACAAAUGCGUACUGUCUCUGGGCAGCAGCAGCAGCAGCAGUACGUUUGCAGGCAGCAGCAGCAACAGCAGCAGCAGCACGUCUGCCGGCGGCAGCAGCAACAGCAACAGCAACAGCAGCACGUCCGCAGGCAGCAGCAGCAACAGCAACAGCAGCACGUUUGCUGGCAGCAGCAGCACAGAAACCUGUCUGCCUGAGAGGCAUGACAGCCGCUGCGGCAGCUGCAGCAGCAGCAGCAGCUGCUGCUGCACGAGCAGCAACAACAAUCCAGACUCCUGGGUUCCCCCUAAGACCCGGCUCUUCGAUACGCAGCGCUCACUGUCUGCUUGCCGGUCUUUUCUCAGGCUAAGCAGCAGCAUCUUCAGGAGGGUGAAGUCCCCCAGUUUAAACGAGAGCAGCAGCAGCAGCAGGAGCAGCACUAGCAGCAGCAGCAGCACCAGCAGCAGCAACAGCCACAGCACAUGUGCCUCUUACGUAGGCAGCUUGGAGAAUGCCAGUGGGAUGAGCGUGCAUUUGGGCUUAUUGCAAAGAAGGCGAGGCGCAUGCAGCAGCAGCAACGGCAGCAGCAGCGGCAACCGCAGCAGCAGCAACAACAACCGCAGCGUGGAGGGCAGCGCCUCUGCAGGUACAGCAGGUAGUCGCUUCUCCUUCAGAGAUGUGCAGCUGCUACCCAGGAGAUGGUCUCGGAGACUGCGGUUUUGGGGCAAGCAAGACACACACCAAGCAGCAGCACCAGCUGAAGCAGAUGCACAAGCUGCAGCAGCUGCAGCAGCUACACCAGCUUCGGCAGCGGCAGGAGAUACAGAGCAGCAGCAGGUUCCUGACGACCAUGGUGCCCCUUAUGACUGCUGCAGGGGCCCGGAGCACCCGGUGGUAGGGCUGCAGCAGCAAGGGACUGGUGACAGCAGCACAUUGACGGGGGAAGUGCAGGAGCAGCAGCAGCAAUUGGUGCUUUCGAUGCGGGCGUAUGAUGAUGAACAAGCGCAGGAGCAGCAGCAACAACAGCAACAACAGCAACAACAGCAACAGCAGCAACAACAGCCGCAACAGCAGCAGAACGAUGUAGUAGAAGAAGCCAACUUGGGGGAGGCAGCCACGAAUCUGCUGCAGCAAGCCUUUGAGCUGCACCGUGUAGGGGAGCAGCGCCGCAGUGUCUCCUUGCUGCAACAGACAGAAGGGGAGUCUGAUUACCUUAGGCUGCUGAAUUUGCAGGAGACAGUUAUCGGAGAGUUUGUUCGUCUAGAGCAGCAGCAACAGAGGCAACAACAGGAGGAGCAGCAAACCAUGGAGGUAUACUCAAAGCAAAGCAGCAGCAGCAGCAGCAGCAUCAUGCGUCUUUUCUCGGGGCGUUCGCUCGUACGAAGGGGCAGCAGCAAGCAGCAGCUGGAGACAGCUGCAGCAAAUGCAGCGGCGGGCCCUUCUUUGAGCCUUGCUCCUCUCCGCAGCAGCAGCAGCAACUGCAGCAGCAGCAACAACUGCAGCAGCACUAACAACAACUGCAGCAGCAGCAACAGCUGCAGAAGGGCCGCUACGGCAGCCUUCUACCGAGGCCCACUAGCGGAGGUGGUGUUAAUAGGAGACACCCUCGCAGCCAGCCGAAGGGCCCACGCGGUGUCUCAGCAGCUCGUGAAUCUGAUGGACUGCAAAGGAGUCCCCUAUCUCUUUAUUGACACCAACACCCUUCAAGCAGCAGGUCAGGAGUUUGCUUUAGGGCUGCACGACGCGCUGCUGUUGCAGCGUCUCUGCAAGCAGCAGGUGCUGCUCCCCGCACGAGACCCCCAAGGGAUGCAGUCCAAGCGGGAGGCCCCGCAGGGACCCCAGAGACACCCCACGCGACUGGCGAGAGGCUUAAGGAGAAGCAGCAAAGAGGCUUCAGUUGAUGCAGCAGCAGAUGCUGCUGCUGCUGAAGCUGCUGCUGAGGGGACGGUGCUCCCCCAACUUUUGGUUGAUGGGGUGUCCCUAGGGACAGCUGAUCGGGUGAGAGAGCUGGAGGAGGAGGGCAUGCUGGACAGUAUUCUUCUCCGUCUUCGGUGCCCGAGCUGUCUCUGUAUCCGGCCUAGCAGUGUCCUGAGCAGCAGCAGCAGCAGCAGCAGCAACAGCAACAGCAGCAGCAACAUGCGGUGUCUUCAGUGUGCGGUACUGCUGAGGCCCGUCGUGCUUGGCAGCGUGCGCCCCGCUGUCAGGCUGCGGUGGAUGUACAGCAGGUUAGGCAAGGGAGCAGCAGCAGCGGGAACAACAACAGCAGCAGUAGCAGCAAGCGAAGCAGAAGCAGCUACAGCAGAGGCGAAUGGACCAGCAGCAGCAACAGCAGCAGUGGGGGACACCCCGAUAAAGGGAUCAUGA